AUGUGGGAUACAGAGCGCUCAAUAGCCAGAGUUUCACGACAUCCCAAACUGGACAUCAGAGCACCUUCCGAUGCUUAUUUAUGCGCAAAACCUCAUCCCACCAGAUUAAAAAUAGGACCCAGAGCAGAUGAUAUUGAAAAAAUGAUAGACUUGUUAUGUCGAGAGGGAAUACGCAUUGACUUUCGCAAUUCCACCGAACUCGUCAAACUCAAUCUUGCCAGGUCGCAACACGAAAUGCCAGCAACCUAA